AUGCGGCUAUUCGGCAUCUGGUGGCACCUUCAUGCAAGCCCGCUGUUGUUUGAUGUCGCCUGCGGCUGGAACCUCGUUUGCGAAUCCUGCCUGCAGUACGCCCCUGUGGUGCACGAGAUGCUCUCGAAUUCCUCCAGCGUCGACGGGCUCUCCACAGUCUCUGCAGAGGCUUUGCGGCAGACGCUGGCUUGGCGUUUGGAGGCUGCCGCAAUCACCGACCAGGAUGUCGUAGAGAAGUGCCAGCGAUUUCUGGCAGCAGAUCGCCAUAUUCUCGUGCGACUUUGGAAGGGGAGCCGUGGGAAGAAGCUGGCUUUGCACCAGGUUCUUGAGGAGUUGUGUGUCCAGCGGCUGCGCUGUCCUCUAGAGGAUCUUCGUGAGCCAGGCCGGCCUUUCAUAGCACAGAACGGCAUGCCAUCGCGCGAGCCAGCAGCAGACCUUGAAAGCAGCGAGCCGACAAGCACAUCAAGGACUGCCUACGAGGACCUCUUAUCAGCGCACCAAGCUGUAGCUGGUUCAUGGGAAGCAAGCGAGGCUACAUGUCACGGCGCAAGCUGCAAAGCGGAUCUCCAGGUUGUGCAGGAUGGCAAAAGCCCGAAGGUUGGAGACACCGUGGGUGGGGAAGUACCUGAAACACCGCCAGAUCCGUUGAAUCCAUCAUGUCUGGUCCGGAAGGAUUCGUACAAGGACCUCCAGGCCGUGAAUGUGGUUGUGGUAGUUUUCUCCGGAAGACGAGACCGCAUGCGCAUCCUGAUGCGCUAUCUUCGGCGCGAUCUUCGAAAGCAUGGUGGUGUAGUUGACAAGAUCGUGUUCGCCUUGUGGCAAUACACGGCGAAGGACCUUUCAUACUUGAAAGAACUGGUCAGCUCUUCUGACGGAGCUGAUGGAACUUUCGACAUCCAAGACUUCUCCGAGCAGCGCUGGGGUCGGUCUCGCAUCGAUGCCGAUCCCAUCUCGAAUCGAAUGGUACAGCUUUACAAGAGCAUGAACGAGACAGACGCAGUGUAUGUGAAGGUGGACGACGACGUGGUCUACAUUGCGGAACAUGCGAUUGCAGAAUUAGUCAGGGAGAGGUUGCGAAAACGCUGCCUGCUGGUGUCGGCCAAUGUGGUGAACCAUGCCAUCAUGUCGGCUUUGCACCAAGACAGGGGCGCUCAUCGGGGCUUUUGGCCGACGGAGGAGCAGCAAAGAAAUCCUGUUUUGCGGCUGCCGUGGUCAAAGAAGGAGGAUAUCAACAUGUCUCCGAACUUCCAGAUCGAACGCUUCCCAGCCUCACGCUGCGUGGUGGAGCGUUGGGAUUGUGCUGCUCUGGUCCACGAGAGUUUCUUGGACCGCUCUGCAGACAACACCCUGUGCGUGUUCGAUUUCGGCUGGCACGACUUCAACCGCUUGGGCUACAGAGAACACAAGUACAUACACAGAUCUCCAAGCGUCAACAAGGAGUACUGGACGCAGGGGGCAAGAUGGAGCACAAACUUCUUUGCCUUCAGGGCAGAAGACCUGGAUGGAGUAAACUGGAGUAACGUGCAUGGCAAGGGUGACGAUGAGGAGGAGUUUACUGGGCCUCACUCGGAAAGAAGAGACCGACACUCUUGCGCUGUUGGCGCGGCGUUGGUGGUGCACUUCUCUUACGGGUCCCAGGAGGAAGGUUUGAUGACCUACACGAACUUGCUGAAACGCUACGACAAGUUGUCACGGCGCAUCUGGAAGGCUUCCAAACCAGAUGCGCCGGAUGCGUCGCGUUUCAAAGUCGCAAAAAGUGAAGCAACAGCGGCUCCUGAGUCCUGUCGGACGUGGGACAUGACAGUUACCAGCUCCUUAGCCCUUGCAGCUGUUUCACAGCCGGCUCAGUUCUCUGGCCCGUGGCCUAGACGGUUCUUGUGGAACACGACCAUCAUUCAUGGUGCCUACUGGCUAAUGCGCAAUGCCUUGUUCGACAAAUUCAGUGGCAGACCUUGCCGCAGCUACCAGCAGGAGGUUAGCGUUUACGAUUGCAGCUGGCCACAGCCUUUCUCAUGA